UUCGAUUAAAGCGAAUUUAUUUUCCAGUUUUCUCUUUUCUCCGAUCAUUUGGUUAUUGGUUUUCCGGCCAUGGCGUCCAGUUUGGUCCGACGAGCGAUAACUAAGGUGUCAUCCUCCCCGGCGGCGAAGAUGACUUUGGCGAGAGCCCACGCUUCGGAGGCGAAUGCCCCGCAGGCGACGGCGAGCGCGAAAAUCAAGAAGUUCCAAAUUUACCGGUGGAGCCCCGAGAACCCACAGAAGCCGGAGCUGCAGGAGUACGAGAUUGAUCUGAAGGAGUGUGGGCCGAUGGUGCUGGACGCUCUGAUCAAGAUAAAGAACGAGAUCGACCCGACGCUGACUUUCCGGCGGUCGUGCCGGGAGGGCAUCUGCGGGUCGUGCGCGAUGAACAUCGACGGCAAGAAUGGGCUGGCCUGCCUGACGAAGAUCUCGUCGGGGCCGGACUCGAUGGUAACGCCGCUCCCACACAUGUUCGUGAUCAAGGAUCUGGUGGUGGACAUGACCAACUUCUACAACCAGUACAAGUCCAUAGAGCCAUGGCUGAAGCGAAAGAACCCGCCGCCGAUCCCCGGCAAGGAGGUCCUCCAGAGCAAAGCCGAUAGAUCUAAGCUCGACGGCAUGUACGAGUGCAUUCUCUGCGCCUGUUGUAGCACAUCCUGCCCUAGUUACUGGUGGAACCCUGAGUCUUAUCUUGGCCCCGCCGCUCUCCUCCAUGCCAACCGAUGGAUAAUGGACAGCCGUGAUGAAUACACCAAGGAGCGUCUGGAGGCAGUUGAUCACGAGUUCAAACUUUAUCGCUGCCAUACAAUCUUGAACUGCGCCAAAGCUUGCCCAAAGGGAUUGAAUCCCGGGAAGCAAAUCCAGAACAUCAAGGCACUAGAGGUUAACAGGCGGUUCGUAUGAGUGUGCGAUGAUGUUUACCAUUCGAAGGAGGUUCCAUUGGAUAGAAAUAAUGUGUGCUUGCCAUUUUAAUGUGCAAAUUUUCCGUACAAACAAUGUACUUGACCUUUAGAUCAAAGGUCCUUGGUUUUUCAAUUUUCCUCAAUUCACUUUUGUAGGUUGUCUUCUUCCUUGUAAACUGUUUUAUUAGUUCAUUAUCCUCCUUAAUACAAGCUGAUUUGCAUUCUGCAGAGAUUCAUUUUUGUAUA